AUGGCGCGGAGCACGCUCUCGUCCCGCUUCCGCCGCCUCGACAUCGACCAGUACGACGAGAACCGCUUCGUGGAGGAGCCCGAGGAGGCGGCGGCGGCCGAGCCCGAUGCCAGCCCCGAGGUGGAAGCGCUGCUCAGGCAAUAUCCUUUGGGCCGGGGGAGUCCCGGGGCCGGGCGCGAUCCCCGCCGGGGGCCGGGCGCGAUCCCCGCUCGGGACUUGGAGCGAUCCCCGCUGGGGCCGGGCGCGAUCCCCGCCCGGGCGAUCCCCGCUGGGCCCGUCGCGGUUCCCGCUGGGGGCCCGUGAGCCGCGGAGCGGGGCCGGGCGCGGGCCAGGUCGCGGUUUGAGUCCUUGACCCGCCGCCGCACAGGUGAGGCGCUCCGGGCCUUCCACACGGCCAUCCGCAGCUCCCCGGGCAGCAGCAGGAACGCGGCCAUGAAGGAGCAGGCCCAGGGAACGAUGCUUAAAGUCCUCACAUCUUUUAAAAGCAGUGAGAUAGAACAAGCGGUGAACUCCUUAGACAGAAACGGUGUUGAUUUGUUAAUGAAGUACAUUUAUAAAGGAUUCGAAAAGCCCACAGAAAACAGCAGUGCAAUAUUACUUCAGUGGCAUGAAAAGGCACUGGCAGUAGGAGGCCUGGGCUCCAUAGUAAGAGUUCUCACAGCAAGAAAGACUGUGUAAAGACUGUUAACUUGGACAGAGGUGGCACUCAGGUUUGGACUCAGAAGAAGGAAUGAGCUGAAAUUACACUGGUCAUCUUUAUUAGAGAUUGCAAUCUACUGAAAUCCUACAGUAACCUCCUCUUGGAAUGCUUUUAUCCUUAAAGGUGGGGGAAGAGUAAAGGUAUUCCUGCAUAUUCCGACUAUCACCUAUAGGAGCCAAGACAUUCUCCUGCUCCCUUCUUUAACAGGCAGAGAGCAAGCACACUCCUGCCUCCUGUUCCUGUAAGUGAACAGGUGUUCAGAUGCUGCUUUAGCCAGGUGUGGUGAUCCCGUGUGCGCUGCUUAGUCCCGAGGUAGCAGUGUCUGGCCGAGGUGCUGCAGCUGAGGCUGGGGAAGGGCUGGUGGAACGGCGGCUUUGGGCGCGUGGGCGAGGACUGCUGGGGCUGGGGUGAUGUAAAGUGAAGUGCCUGCUGCAUCAAUAAAGUUCUUGGAUCACAUGA